AUAUUUUUGCUUUAGAAAACAUCGAUAAAGAACUCUAAGAAAUGUCAAGCUCCGCAAAAGUUAUGGAUCCUGCAUUCCAGGGAGUGUGUCAAAAACCUGGGACUGAAAUUUGGCGAAUUGAGAAUUUUCAGCCAGUUCCAUUGCCAAAGUCUGACUAUGGAAAAUUCUAUAAGGGGGAUUCUUAUAUUGUCCUACAGAGAACAUCUAUCAAGGGUGGUUCAUAUCCAUAUGAUAUACCUUUUGGAUUGGUAAAAAUACAACUCAGGAUGAGGCUGGAACGGCUGCUAUCAAAACAAUUGAGCUGGAUGUAGUACUAGGAGGGCGUGUAGUGCAGCACAGGGGACUUCAAGGCCAUGAAUCUGACAAAUUUUUAUCAUACUUUAAACCUUGCAUUAUCCCAUGAGAAGGUGGUAUUGCUUCUGGAUUUAAAAAUCCAGAAGAAGUAGAGUUUGAAAAAUGGAUAUAUGUCUACAAAGGAAAGAGAGUUGUCAGAUU